CCUAUUUAAAGAGAAAUACCCGCUUGGAAAAUUGUCAGUUUCUUUUGUUCUGUACAACUGCUCUGGUAAGUGCCUGUGUAUCCGGCGUUGCCCCGCCAGCGCCGCCGCUGGCGGGAGCGAUUUCUUGAUCUCCGCUCGCUCAGGUCCUUCACAUGAAGGUGUGUGGAAUGCCAGGGUUGAACUGCCAGAUGCUUAUCCUCUUGUCUCUUUUUAUCAAUUAUCCCAAUGAGAUUUGUAAUUGAAAUAUUGAUGAAAUGGCAGGGACAGUUUGUUGUCACCUUUAUUUUCUGAAGGCUCGGUUAAAAAUCUGAUGGAGACAAUUUUGAAGGAAGCUUGAUAGGAAGUUUUGCACGUACAGAGGACAUGGCCAGAUAUUCCACUGGAGAUAUAUAUAGAGAGGCACUGUCCUGUUCUGUUAUAUGUUUACUCUUGAGUUGAUGGGCAUUAAGAACACUCUUGAACUGGAGCCUAAAGAUGUUGAUAAUCUGUCUUAAUGGACUAUGGGUUUCAUGCACCGACCAUGUGAUGGCCUGUUUGCAGCACACCAAUGAUCAGAAGCCGAGGCAGGGAGAUUCCUUCUUUUUUUCCUAGCGCAGCAUACAUUUCCAACCAUUUUGAUCUUUUCAGGAAAAAUGGACAGGAGCGCUAUUGAACGCGAGCUUGCUCAGCUGGGACAACAACUGGAACGCGAGAUGCAGCUGCUCGAUCAGCUCGGCGAAGCACCACGGGACGUCUAUGCCCGUCCGGAAUUUGGGGGAUGGGAAAGUGUAGAAGCGCAGGGUGCCUUCAUCGACUGCUGCAUCAGGGUGACAAGACUAAAUAGAAGGAUGCGCGAGCUCCAUCGCCAACUGGUGCACAGCCGUCUCUAGACCUUUUAUUUGUGCUGUUCUUUCUUUCAUGCUGUUCAGUUUUAAUUUGUUGGAUUUGCUCCUUCUUAUGUAGUCUAAACUGAGGUUUAGACUAGAUUCAAAUCGUGGUUGAACAUGACUUUGCCUUAAUUUUGUUCUGAGUACUCGGAGCUGUUAUGUGACACCUUUCCUUUAUGUGACAUCUUUAUUCUUUUUCUGCGGAUGUGUUUUCAUUGAUUAUUUGAAAUGAACAAUUCUACAAAAU